CAAAUUGGGAAAGGGGGAUGGACUGGGCUGGCUUCCGUCGGGAGAGCAAAGGCUGUUUCUUCCCGAGGUUGGUUGGAGAUGGGCCUUUGGCGGGGAAGCAGGCAUUAGUGAAGCCCACCGGGGGCCAAGAAAAGAAGUACUUCUAAUGAAGUACACCAUCCAUUGUGAAAGUGGAAGAGUAGAGGUUAUUCAUCAUGCCUGCCGUGGCUUCGGUUCCUAAAGAACUCUACCUCAGUACUUCACUAAAAGACCUCAAUAAGAAGACAGAAGUUAAACCAGAAAAAAUAAGCACUAAGAAUUAUGUACAGAGUGCCGUGAGGAUCUUUAAGACAGCAGAAGAGAGCAGAACAGAUCGUGAUGAGGAAAGGGCCUAUGUACUAUAUAUGAAAUACGUGACUGUUUAUAAUCUUAUCAAGAAAAGGCCUGAUUUCAAGGAACAGCAGGACUACAUUCAUUCAAUGCUUGGACCUGCAAACAUCAAGAAAGCUAUUGAAGAAGCUGAAAGACUUUCUGAAAGCCUUAAACUCAGAUAUGAAGAAGCCAAAAUUCGGAAAAAACUUGAAGAAAAGGACAGGCAGAAGGAAGAGCAACUGCAGAGACAGCACAGACAGGAAGCAGGACGAGAGGACAGCGACACGUCGGCCGAGAGCUCUUUGGAGAAUGUGUUGGACUCCAGAGACAAAACCCAGAAGGUAAAUGGUGAAAAGAAUGGAAAAAAUGAGACCACAGAAAAAGAGAAAGACGAAGGGAGAGAGAGAAGAACACCCAUACUAUGCCCCAACUGGGGUCAAAUCUACAACUUGGGAUCAAUCACAGCAAAGGAACUAUACACAAUGAUGAUGGAUGAAAAUAUCAGCUUGAUUAUAAUGGAUGCUCGAAGGAUGCAGGAUUACCAGGAUUCCCAUAUUUCAAAUUCUCACAGUGUUCCUGAAGAAGCCAUCAGUCCAGGAGUCACUGCUAGUCGGAUUGAAGAACACCUCCCAGAUGACUCUAAAGACAUAUGGAAGAAGAGAGGGAAUGUGCAUUAUGUGGUACUUCUUGACUGGUUUAGUUCUACAAAAGAUUUACAAAUUGGAACAACUCUACGGAGUCUGAAAGAUGCACUUUUCAAGUGGGAAAGUAAAACCGUCCUGCGCAACGAGCCUUUGGUUUUGGAAGGAGGCUAUGAAAACUGGCUCCUUUGUUACCCCCAGUACACAACGAAUGCUAAAGUCACUCCGCCCUCACGAGGCAGGACUGAAGAGGUGUCUGUCUCAUUGAAUUUUACUUAUCCCUCACUGGAAGAAUCAGUUCCUUCUAAACCUACUGCACAAAUGCCACCUCCUCCUAUAACAUUGGAUGAAAAUAUAGAAUUGAUAAACGAUCAAGAUGAGAGACCGAGACCAUUGACCCUGUCAGCUCCGUUGGAAGCAAUUGCUACUUCUAAGUCUGAUGUUUCACCCAUAAGUCAGCCAGUGCCUAUUGUAAAGAAUUUUCCACAGAUUGAUCGUACUAAAAAACCGGCAGUCAAAUUGCCUGAAGAUCAUAGAAUAAAAUCUGAAAGCACAGAUCAUGAGCAACAGUCUCCUCAGAAUGGAAAAAUUCCUGAUCGUUCCACAAAGCCAGUACUUCCCCCUCCAACUGCCAUGUUAACAGAUGAAGAAAAAGCUCGUAUUCAUGCAGAAACUGCUCUUUUAUUGGAGAAAAACAAACAAGAAAAAGAACUUCGAGAAAAACAACAAGAGGAACAGAAAGAGAAACUGAGGAGAGAAAAACAGGAACAAAAAGCCAGAAAGAAACAGGAAGCUGAAGAAAAUGAAAUCACGGAGAGGGAACAAAAGGCAAAAGAAGAAAUGGAAAAGAAAGACAGUGAACAGGCCAAUAAAGAAGAUAAAGAAACCUCGGCAAAGAGGGGCAGAGAAAUAACAGGAGUGAAAAGACAAUGUAAAAGUGAACAUGAAACUACUGAUGCCAAGAAAGCUGUGGAUGAGAAGGGGAAAAGGUGUCUAACCCCUGAAGUGCAAAAAAAGUCAAUGAGCGAUGUGCCCCCUGCCUCCGUGGCAGGAGAUUCAAGUUUAGGCAAGGCUCGAGAACCUUUGACGAGAGCACGAAGUGAAGAAAUGGGGAGGAUCGUACCAGGACUGCCUUUAGGCUGGGUCAAGUUUCUUGAUCCGAUCACUGGAACUUUUCGUUAUUAUCAUUCACCCUCCAACACUGUUCACAUGUAUCCACCGGAAAUGGCUCCGUCGCCUGCACCUCCGUCCACCCCUCCAACUCACAAAGCCAAGCCACAGGUUCCAGCUGAGCGGGACAGGGAGCCGUCCAAACUGAAGCGCUCCUACUCCUCCCCAGAUAUAACCCAGGCCAUACAGGAGGAGGAGAAGAGGAAGCCAACACCUACUCCACCAGUUAACCGGGAAAACAAGCCCACAUGCUACCCUAAAGCUGAGAUCACAAGGCUUUCUGCUUCUCAGAUUCGAAACCUCAAUCCUGUGUUUGGAGGAUCUGGACCAGCUCUCACUGGACUUCGUAAUUUAGGAAAUACUUGUUACAUGAACUCAAUACUGCAGUGCCUAUGUAAUGCUCCACAUUUGGCUGAUUACUUCAACCGAAACUGUUACCAGGAUGAUAUUAACAGGUCAAAUCUGUUGGGGCAUAAAGGCGAAGUGGCAGAAGAAUUUGGCAUAAUCAUGAAAGCACUGUGGACAGGACAGUACAGGUAUAUCAGUCCGAAAGACUUUAAAAUCACCAUUGGGAAGAUCAAUGACCAGUUUGCAGGGUACAGCCAGCAAGAUUCACAAGAGCUGCUUCUAUUCCUAAUGGAUGGUCUGCACGAAGAUCUAAAUAAAGCCGAUAAUCGGAAGAGGCAUAAAGAAGAAAAUAAUGAUCAUCUUGAUGACUUUAAAGCAGCAGAAUAUGCUUGGCAGAAACACAGGCAGCUCAAUGAAUCUAUUAUUGUUGCACUUUUUCAGGGUCAAUUCAAAUCCACAGUACAGUGCCUCACCUGUCACAGAAAGUCUAGGACAUUUGAGGCCUUCAUGUACUUGUCUCUACCACUAGCAUCCACAAGUAAAUGUACAUUACAGGAUUGCCUUAGGUUAUUUUCCAAAGAAGAAAAACUCACAGAUAAUAACAGAUUUUACUGCAGUCAUUGCAGAGCCCGAAGGGAUUCUCUGAAAAAGAUAGAAAUCUGGAAGUUGCCGCCUGUGCUUUUGGUGCAUCUGAAACGCUUUUCCUACGACGGAAGGUGGAAACAGAAGCUGCAGACAUCUGUGGACUUCCCGUUAGAAAAUCUUGAUUUGUCCCAGUACGUUAUUGGUCCAAAGAAUAAUGUGAAGAAAUACAACUUGUUUUCUGUUUCAAACCACUACGGUGGUCUGGACGGAGGCCACUACACUGCGUAUUGUAAAAAUGCAGCAAGACAGCGGUGGUUUAAAUUUGACGACCACGAAGUUUCUGAUAUCUCCGUUUCUUCUGUGAAAUCUUCAGCAGCUUACAUCCUCUUUUAUACUUCUUUGGGACCAUGAGCAACUGAAGUAGCCACGUAAGAAGAAGUAGAUUAUGAGCUAGUUAUCUUUUAAAAGGCUGAGCUAUACAACUCUGAAAAUGCUUGUAAAGAUACCGGGUAGCUAUAGCUGGCCAUUUAGAGGAAUUCUAAGACCGUGAGAGCUAUGUUACUGUUACCAUAUAUUCCAGGUCAGUGCUAUUAUCAAAACACUGACUAGUAACAUUUAACAAGUAUUGCAGUAAACACUUCUUAGAGGUACCACUUAUUUCAAAACGUUUUGAGUUUGCUCCAAAAUUGAAAUAAUUAACUAGCUAAGCAUUAUUAUUCUGUUCAUCUAAAAAUCACAUAUCCUUUCCUUUCAUUCUCACUGUUACGGCCUUUCACCUCUCUGAUUCUCAGCUUGAUCUGUGAAUACCCUAGAAUGACGUAAAGCAGAUAGGAAUGUACGUGUAUAUAUUUAUUGCACACUUGCACAUCAGAUCGAUGCACACAUAGCAUAAUAUGUGGUCCUUUUGUGAAACCUAGAACUCAAAGGAUUCCUCUUAUUUUUUUCUUUAGGCCUAUUCUGAGUAACUGCAGUGCUUUCUUAGGGAAAUGACAGGGCAAAGCUAUUUUUCUUUCGGCUUUGGGCUGUAUUUGUGCACUGAAUCUUUAUUCUAAAAAAAAUAAAUGGAAACUUUUCUUUAAUUUUUUAAAAUGAGAAUUUUCAUUUACACUUAACAUUAAAAUCCUAAUGAGAAAAAUAAUUUAAAAUAC